AGCUUGGAACCACUCGGUGAUAGGUUCAAUAGUCCGUGUGUGUGUGUGUGAGUCUCUUAAAGGAAGCUGACCCCUUCCCUCCAGCUUCCUCAUUGUAGCCAUGAUUCGUGCUGUGCACUGACAGUAUGGAGAGCGCAGUGUGGAACAUGCCCCUGCUCCUGAGCCUUGUUCUGAUUUUACUACGCCAUUGCGCUCGGGCUCAGGAUGAUGGCGGUUGCCCAGCUGAUGGACGGACAUGGGUGCCUUUUGGACAGAAUUGCUAUCACUUUGUCCAUGGAGAAGAGGAUGUUGCCAAAAGUUACACCAUAGAGAAAGCUAAAGAUAUGUGCAGAGGCUUUGCCCUUCUGACGGUGCGCAGUGCUGAAGUUAAUAACUUCAUCGUUCAGUACAGCCCUAAGGUGUGGAAAGACCGUGUGAACAUCUGGCUCGGACUGUAUUAUGACAGCGACGAUGACCAGUUUAAAUGGAACGAUGAUACUCUUGUGAGCUUUAAGAAUUGGGUCAAAGGGGGCUCCGCUGAUUGGGACAUACCCUUAAUGGACAAAUGUGUGGCGCUGCACUCCAGCACCGGCAAGUGGGAGAACGUCAGCUGCACUGAGGAACAAGAGAACGGCGUGGUGUGUGAAACAGCCCUGAAGGCUGCUGUAAUUGGGAAAAAGAAUGCCAGUCCUCUCCUCUCAGCCCUAGUCAUUCUGAGUGUGAUUGUUAUUCUGGGAUUGUCUGCAGCUGUGUGGUUUUUCCACCAAAGGAACAGCUCUGGCUCAUUGUUCCCCUCUUUCGAGUACCAUCCUCCUUUUAGAUCAUCCCCGGCUGAUCAGACAUGUUUGGUGGAGGCUGAAGAGCUCGAGGAAACUUCCUAAAGCCGGGAGUCUUGGGUCUUAAUAGUGUCAUUGUGUGUUCAGUUUCACCCCAUUAGGAAAUCAAAUGACACCAUGGAAGACUAGUUGCAUUCUACACAAUCAGCUGUUACCUUUAUAUACGCCAGUUACCUAAAGUGAUUCUGCAGUUAGCGAGUAGCUCUGGAUCCAUCCGAGUGAUCCAUUGUUGUCUGCUGUGAUUAAUGCAUCAUAGAGAAGUGAAUUCAUUGAUGGUUGCUAUAUUUUUUUGGCUCAAAUUUUUGUGACCUAUCUGGGAAAUGUUUGCCAACUAUUUGGGCGAUUUUUCUAUCUAGAUGUUACAUAAACAAUGACCGCACACUUCCUAAUCUUUUUGAUUGUUCAGGUAUUUGUAAAGCUAUUUUGUUGAGGUCAUGUUUAUAGCGUUCUUGUUCGUCGCAGUUUCUGGAUGCUUCCUUUUUUCACAAUACAGCAUGCCAGUAUUUUAGACUGUUUGAUGCUAUUCUUUACAGACAGAGCAAAGAAUGACCUCGAGUUUUUAAAGGUGGGUUAUUAUUUUAUUUUUUUUGAAACCUGUUUGAAUAAUCCUGAAUUCGGAAAAUGCUCUGUUUUUGUACAAAAUAUCUGUCUGAUUUGACAAAGGGAUUUCUUUUAUUUUCUUGAUAAUUCGUAUGCUACAUUUGUAAUAUUAAAUGUGAUAAUUGCAUCAUCUAAAAGUGAAAUUGUGCCUUGGGAGAGAAUCUGAAUGAAAUAAUCAGCACAGCAAAAAAGCAGGUCUUUGUAGUCUAACAAGCAUUAAUGUCACUGUUUUAUUCAGGAUUGCACUUUGAUUAUGAUAUUCAUUUUGAAUUGAAGGAUAAAAUCUCUUGAGCCUUGUUUUGAUAGAUUUUAUGCCAUGGGCCAGGGAGAGAGUUAAAAUGCUUUUUAAUUGCAGGUUGUAUGCGUACGUGUAUGCACCCUGUCUUGUUAGCCUUAAAUUGCAGUGCUAUUGAUCACUAGCAUUGAAGGUCACUUAACAUUUAAAGUGGGAAAUGUUGAAUAAAAAUCAGAAUUUAUCAUU